CAGACACAUCUACCACCUUCACUCACAUUUAGAAUGGUGUUAUUUCUUACUCAUAUUUAGAAGAAGGUAAUUCUUUCCCUUGCUAGAGGCAUCUACUAUCUUCAUAUUAGAAUAGUAAUUUUUUCUCUUAUUAAAGGUGGUAAUUCUUUCUUUUGCUAGACACAUCUACUAUCUUCAUAUUAGAAUAUGGCUAAUAUUCACAUGUAACACACAGUUAGAGCUAGUUUUUGAGCUCAUUAUUCUACAUACUUAUGUACAGUUUGAGGCUGCUUGUCUUUAUGAAAAGCAGCAUAUGAUUGCUUCAUCUUAUCACCAGUGUUUCUUAAUCUCGUGAUUCCAUGUUUCUAACGUUUCUCUAACUUGAUUAAAGAGGAAGCAUUUUGCAUUUGAUCUAGGUAGAGGAAUGUCGCCCUUGUGGAUACUUCUCAAUGUUGUGAAUUACCAGUCUGGACUCUAGACUGUUGGCGGCAUCUUUAAAUGAAAGAAUUGAAGACAACUUUGAGAAAAGAUCUUGAAAUUUCAUAUUAGCUCUGGAUAGUGAUGGUGUUUAUGAUAAACAUAUAUCAAAAUUUCGUAUUAGCUUUGGGUAUUUGGAAAUUUCUUAGUAUUUUGAGGAUGUACCUUAAGUCAUCAAUAUGCAAAAGGUUUGGAGUGAAGAUAAAUUUGUUGUUGCUUGUUUGAUUGUGAUGAGCAUGAAGCAAGGUUUAGCUACAGAUCCCUGUAUUGUCUACUUGGUAUAACCUUUUAUCACCAAGGAACCUGUUGCAUAGUAUACAUUAUUUAUGCUGUAGCCACUACUUUCUAUGAAUGGCUAAACUUUCUGUGGAUAAUACCUAUAUAAGACGAGUAAACUUCUCUUUUAAUAUUUUGGAUAUGAUGAACUGAUCACAAAAUUCUGUUUUCAUGAAUUUAACACAUUUUUUAACAUCUAAUGCAUGAUGGAGUUGGAAAUCAAGGAUUAGUUAAUAAUAUCUUUGUGCAGAAUUUAUUUGGAUGGUAUGGCCUGCACAAUAAACAUUAUUUCAAGAAUACCUUUAGAUACAAGAUAAUUUUUAAAAGGAUGAAUCAUAAAGAAUAGCAUUUGGAGUGGGAGUUCUAGUCCUCUGGGUUUGAAGUGGUUUGGUGAUAUGACUAGCAAUUAACUCUGUGCAGGCUAUCAUUGGAUAUCAACUAUUUCUUUAUAAGACCAGUUUUUUUUCAGUCAGAUGUCAACCAGGUGGCAACCCUCUUGUUUGGGCUUAGAACAUUAAGAGCUUGCCUUAUAAUUUCAUCAUAGCAUAAUAAUUCUUGUUGUUGUUGUUGUUGUUGUUCUCUUACCUUUAAUGACAAGAUAUCUUCUGUCAUUAGUUGAUUUUGAAGAUCCUGUGAUUCUACAUGUAGAAGGUUCUUUACGUGUUUGUAGGUUUGGAACUGUUUGAUUGAUGCUUAUUUUGUUUCUUUCAGGAAGCACCUGCUAUCAUUCAAUCUUACUAUGACAAGUGCCUAGUUGGCUGUCUUGGUGGUGAAGGUGCCCAUCCUUAAAAAGAUGCAGUCAAAACAACAAGGAGACGAGCAUGAUGUUUUCUGGUUUUGGCAAGAGAAAGGCAAGCCAUAUGAAUGCCCUGUUUGCUUUCAGUAUUUCCUGCUUGAAGUAAUUGGUGCAGGAGGAUCUCUUGAUGGGCAUGAUGAUGAUCAUCAUCAUUGAGGAGAGAAUGCAUGGCAGUAUGGGCUGCUUGAAAUAAGAAUUGGCCUGACAGCAGUCACAGUCAAACUGUGCAGUUUCAGCUAUCCUGUGGAUCAGGGGAGCAAUGCAAUUUGAAGGCAGAAGAAGAAUAGGUCCAGGUCCAGCUGGUGUGUAUGCUGCUGACCUUUUGUACCGGCCGGUGGUGCCUUAGUUGGGGAUAUCAUCAUCGAACAAGGGGAGGGAAGAUCAAACCAACCAACGGAGACAUCAUCAUCCAGCAUAUAUAUAUAUAUAUAUAUAUAUAUAUAUAAUUAAAUACUGAAAUUAAGCACUCGAUCAGCAUUAGGCAAACUAUUUUAAUAGCUGAGUGAAAAAGAAGACCUUGGACGAAGUCACAUGCUGGCAAAAGCAAGAAACAAAUACAAGAAACAAGGUCAAAAGAAGAAGCAGUGGGUGGCCGUGGUCCUCCGUUCAAUGAAUUUCCAAUGGAGGGCAGGAAAGGCAAGAUUGUCGCCGGCGCCACCUUCAGCAGCCUCCUGAUUCUGAUCAUCGUCCUCUGGCUAUGCCUUGGCCUAUCCAAGACCUUCUUCCUCCUGGCUGGUAUAGCCGUGGCUUGCAUCCUCUCUGUUUUAGUGUGGGUGCUGCUACAGCAUGCGGCUCUGAACCGGCGGACGAUGUCACUUGUCCGGCGCUCCACUCUCGAGGGCAAUGAGCUCCGUCUUGAGUAUAGCUUCCUCCGCAAGGUGGCCGGUCUUCCCACCAAAUUCCGUUACAAAGACCUGGAGGUCGCCACCGACCACUUCCAGGCCCUGAUCGGACGCGGCGCCUCUGCCUCUGUAUUCAAAGGGAUUCUGGACGAUGGCACUCAGGUGGCCGUCAAACGGAUAGAAGGAGCCGAGCAUGGUGACCAGGAGUUCCGGUCCGAGGUGUCUGCUGUGGCGAGUGUACAGCACGUGAACCUGGUCCGACUGCUCGGCUACUGCCUCAACCCUGGAGGGCCUCGGUUCCUGGUGUAUGAGUACAUCCACAACGGCUCUCUCGCCACUUGGAUAUUCCCUGGCGACAGUAGCAGCUGCUCUGGUGAUCAUCAUCAUCGUAAGUGCCUCCCGUGGGCGCUUAGGUACUGUGUGGCCGUGGAUGUAGCCAAGGCGCUCGCUUACCUACACAACGACUGUCGCUCCCGUGUGUUGCACCUGGACAUCAAGCCGGAGAACAUAUUGCUGGACGAGGGCUUCCGGGCUCUGGUCUCCGACUUUGGGCUGUCGAAACUUAUGGGAAGGGAUCAAAGCCGGAUAGUGACCACCAUUCGUGGAACCAGAGGCUACCUGGCCCCGGAGUGGUUCCUGGAGAAUGGCAUCUCUGAGAAGAGCGACAUUUACAGCUACGGGAUGGUGCUUCUGGAGAUGGUGGGUGGUCGUCGGAAUGUUAUGCUGGUGGGUGAUGGGCAGCCGUCGGAGAGGCAGUGGUCCUACUUCCCCAAGAUUGUAUCUGAGAAGGUAAGGGAGGGAAAGGCCAUGCAAGUAGUGGACGAGAGACUGCUGCAGCCACAAGGAAGUGAAGAUGUUGAAGUGGAGAAGGCGCAGGUGGAGACUCUGCUUCAUGUGGCCUUGUGGUGCAUCCAGGAGAACCCCAAGCUUCGUCCGAGUAUGGCUCGCGUGGUGGACAUGCUCGAAGGCCGUAUCCCUGCUGAUCUGCCUCCUGAGACGGAGAUGAUCAUCAUGGACAUCUUGUCUAUGGAUGACCUACCCACGGCUGGGACCAUGAAUUAUUCUUCCAUCCUAUCUGGACGGUAGAAUUAACCUAGACCUAGCUAGCUCUAAGGCAUGUGACUGUCAUCGAUCAUCUUAUAAGCGCUAUUUAAUUAUAUAUUCAUCAGAGUCUCUACUGCACACACACACUUAGAAUUCGCCUGCUAGUGGUCAGUGACUCAGUGAUGGCCGAUGGGUGAUUAAUUGAUAAUUAUAUUGGGUUAUUACAACACAAAGUGAUUCGGAAUUUCGGAUACUGAGUUGAAUCCCCAGCAGCCUACAACUGUAUUGGGUUUUGGUGACAGAAUAUCUAGCUGACCAGAUUCCUUAUGACCUUGUUGCUUUCUUUCUUUCUAACGAAGAAGUUGUAUCA